AUGGCCUUGGACUCGAUAUUUCAUCCGCAACUCCGGCACUACAUUAGCACUGCCGACCCAGACCGAAUUUACGUCGUCAUCGAGCGAACAAUUUACGUGAUCCAUAUUUCCUUACAGAAGAAGGAAAGCAUAGCGACUAUCCCAUUCGAACCUCGUUGUUUGGCGGCUGGCUUUGGGUGGAUCGCCGUGGGUGGACCAGAUAACGGCGAAUGCGCUUACCUCAAAAUCAAUGAAACGGAGCUCCAGGUCCGCGACGACUUCUCACCGUUCAACUCAUCAGAUGUCGACAGCGCGCUCCCAAUCGACUUAGACAUCCCAUCACGAUUGUCAUCCCCGGCCUCAGCGAAUGACGGCCCCUCUUUUCGCUAUCGGCCACGGCGGAGGUUGGCCGAGCUCGCUCUUCACAAGAUCGGAAGCAAUAUCGUCAACUCAGUUACAAUACAUCGUUUCCCUGCAAAAGGAGAGAAUGGAUUGCAUGAAGAUGUGUUGAUCCUUAGCAAUAACGACAAGAGUGUGACAAUAUACUCAUUGACGCGGUCCAAGGUCCUUACUCUCAUCCAGCACCCGUAUGCUAUGAAUUAUGCGACGAUUUCGCCAGACCAAACAAUCUUGGCCGCUGUGGGCGACGAAAACCGAGCGUAUUUCUACGCAAUUUCACGUAAUUGGGAGUCGACAGUGACAACAGAUGCCAGUGGGAAUCUUCCAGAUUGGGAAUGGGAGUUGCUUCGUUGCGUUGAAAUGGAUAUAGGAAGCCGUGUCGAUGAUGCUUGCUGUUUUACGAUUGCCUUCUCGCCGUCUGGCCAUUUAUGUGCCAUCGGCUCUCAAUCAGGCGUCGUAACGGUCCUUGAUGUUGAACUUAUACAUCAGACUGCUGACAACGUCGAUCUGGCCGACCCCGUGAUUUACCAAUUCUCUUCCACCCGAUCACAUGCGGAGGGUGGUGCCGUACGUUGUCUGACCUUCUCCCCGGAGCCUUGGGACCUGCUUGUAUGGUUAGAAGGUCAUGGCCGAGCUGGGGUUGCAGACGUCCGGCAGGGAUUCUUGCGCAGACAAGUCCUUCAAUUAGAUCUGGACGAUCCCUCUCUGCAGGAUACUCACCUAGAUAUACUUCCCGAAUCCGCAGAUAUGAGCUUCCUUGAAGAUCUCAACUCGCCAGAUACCGGUACUCCUAGGCGAUACCAUCAAGGGAAUGAUCACUUGGCCGGGAGAGGUGACGACCCUCGACAUCCUUCGUUGCGUGAAAAUCUGAUACAGGACCUGACAGAGAGAGAACGACUGAUCAUGGAAUUUCUGAACACUGCCCGCUGGACUACACGAUUAGAAGACGGGCUGACCGAGCGACCUGAACGGCCAGCAAGAGCACCCCCACCUCACAACCUUCCUCCUCGGACACGGCACCGUGAGUCCGAAGAUGGGUCCCCCGCCUCUCCUCCACUCACAUUAGACCCUGCCGAGGCUAUACAAGACGAACAGUCAGGGCGUCCUGCCAGUGGCACUCCUACACGGCAAUGGCAUGCUCGACGGCAAAGUUCUGUCAUUUUAUCCCAAGAAAGCCGGCCUUCAGAAGCUGGAGCUUCGAGCUAUGACCGGCAGCCAAGCGUCUAUCUAAAUUGGACGAUGUCGCCCUCCGAAUUGCAGUCAACUGCCUCCGAUAACCCAACUCGUGCUUCCACGGCCGCCCGAAGCAAUCGGCCCUUCUCCCCGGCCCUUGAUCUGGGUAUCUCACCAGAAGCCCUAGCACGACUUCGGUCUCAACGUUCGGAUUCUACACCUCGACGAGCGGAUAGAGCACCAGUCACAGAAAGAAGAUUUGAUACAGCUCGACUCUCCAGCCAUGAGGUUCGAGCGAGCUUAAUCGCAGAACGUCAUCGGCGCCAGCGCCAGCUUCCUAGUGAGACAUACGGCCGCACUGCCUCUGAACGAGAUCACCGACAGCGUCAACAUGAUCUUUUUUUCGAACAGACCCACUCGCCGCGAUGGAUCCGAAACAUCAUCAACGACCUUCCAGAUCGAAGCAUGAUGCAUGCCAGUGGGACUCGUGCCGAGGAACCAGAUGCAACGGCGGGCGUUGGAUGGGGUGCAGACGGGAGAACAUUGUACAUUGCUACCCUUGAAGGAAUUUUCGAGUUCCAACUGAAUAUUCAUGAUCGAAAGACAUUCCCCGUGUUUUCAUACCGAUAA